AUGACCUGGCGAUCGAAUAAACACGACAUCAACAUCUGCCACAUGAAGGGAAAACACGAAGCAGAAUGCCGGAAUUUUAUCAAAGUGCUGCUUCUACGCAACGACAACGUGCUCUUUGUGUGUGGGACGAACGCCUUCAACCCCGUUUGCUCCGAUUACAGUAUGGACUACUUAGAACCGAUGGGGGACAAUAUCAGCGGCAUGGCCCGGUGCCCUUACGAUCCCAAGCACGCCAACGUUGGCCUCUUUACAGGAGGGAUGCUGUUCACAGCCACGGUGACCGACUUCCUGGCCAUCGACGCCGUGAUUUACCGCAGCCUGGGAGACAACCCCACUCUACGCACGGUGAAGCAUGACUCCAAGUGGUUUAAAG